AUCCUUACGUGAGGGCAUGAGUCGCAGCCCUUUGAGCCAAUCGACUCCGUUACAACAACGCCAGAUUGAACCCUUGUGGGCUCGGUUUACAAACCAUCAAGUCCUGACAAGCACCUGUCUCUGUUCCUCUGCUCCACUAAAUUAAACCUGACUAACAUUUGGCUUUGUUCUUACCUCCAAGGUGGUCCUGUAAUAAUGUGUCAUCAGGCUAUAAAAGGGUGUCAUGAUCACACGCAUGCAGAAGAGUGGUGAUGAUAAGGAACAGCAAGGCUGGCCCUCGUCCAAUGUGUGACACCGACCCGGCGUGCAAACAGUGGGUCAGUGGGACUUCAAAUUCUCACUGUCACUUCCGCCCAACAGGUGUUGUCUAGAUAACAGAAGGAACACACAUAUUUGGGCCCACAGAUGAAGUUUUAUUACCUCCUUUGCCGCAUGUUAUUGAGCGGAUGCUCCAUGCAACGGUAAAUGUCACUGUUGGGGGACAGACAGGAGUCUAUUUUAGUGAGCCGUUCACACUCGCACUGCCGCUAUAAAUCUUAUAGAUUUUUUCUGUCUCAGAACGUCGAUUGCUGCCUGACUCACAUACACUUUUCUUCAGUUUGGAGGCUCAAGGAGCUGUUCGGCUUCAAUAAGGUAGAGUUGCUUUUGUUCUGGUCUUUGUGGAUUACAGUAAACUCGAUGCGGUGGGCAUGUUGAGGCGUUGAGUUUAGCUCUGAGAAUAAGUAUACGUUGUUCAGCACGCAGCAGCAUUUAAAACACUUACUAACAGUGACAUUAUAAUCUAUAAAGUGUCUAAUUCAGAGGAGUGUCUUAUCUUCACUUUGGGGUUUUAUUUGGAAAUCAUUGUGAUUAAUAUGAACAGCAAAUUGAACAGUGUCAGUGUACAUGCCUGUGGAUUAUCUGGCCAUUUAUCUUUGUUGUCACCUAUGCAGAGACUCUUGUGAGUUAUGUUACCGCGGCCGCUGGACCGGCACUUUGAAACUUUGCUUACGACACAAAGUACUUUUAUAGUUACAGUCAUUUUUAAAGAUGUAUUCUGGAAAUAUGCAUACAUACGAAACAGCAAAUCAAAGUAUGAACUGUAAUAUGUAUUUACAUUUGUUAUAUUAUUACAUUUGACAAAUGUUGACCACAAUAAAGGAAACAAAAUGAAAUGCAAUGAAUGCAAAAUGUGAAUUACGACACAACAAAAUUACAAAAAUAUUCCAAUUGGCCCUAAAACUGUACUAGGGCAACACAUGAGUGAACAAUAAAUAACUUUGUUCAGCUUUAGUGGGCCAAUGAAGGCUGAGAGUGGGUGAACUACUUGGACCACGGAGGUUAAAAAGGUCCAUUGAACAGGUGUUAAAAGCUGAAUUCACUCUGGUUGCAAGUAAGUGCAUUCAAACUUCACAGAAAAGAGACUUUUAAUUAUCUUUUAUUUUUCCAAUUCUAGUGCCGGAUUUAAGACAAUCAUGGCUGAUCAAACUAAAAAAAUUCAAAAAUCAAAGAUCUCCUCCUCUCGGAGGCUGGGGUUGAAGAUUCGACUUUUGACAGUCGCUUCUCAGAUGCUGCAGGAGGAGAGGGAGCAGAAAAAGAAGGAGAGAGAAGAUUGUCUGGAAGAACGACUUCCUCCUCUAAAUCUGUCUGGUCUGUCUUUACAAGACCUUCUGGAUCUUUGUAAAGAUUUGCAUCUCAAGAUUGACGUUGUAGAUGAGGAGUGGUACGAUAUCAACCUCAAGGUGUCCAAAAACAACAAAGAGAUAGAAAACAUGAACCUGAAGAUCAUUGAGAUCCAGAGUAAGUUCAAGAAGCCGACCUUGAAGAGAGUGAAGAUCUCAGCUGAGGACAUGCUGAGCAUUCUGCUGGGCUCCAAACACAAGGAGUCCAUCGACUUCAAGGCCAACCUCAAAACAGUCAAGAAGGAAGAGGAAAAGAAAGAGGAAGUUACCGACUGGCGUAAGAACGUGGAGGCCAUGUCUGGCAUGGAGGGCAGGAAGAAGCUGUUUGACACCUAAAGAAACAUGUACUUUUGAUUAAGAGAUCAUCUUAUGAUGAAUUCUUAACAUUACUUACUGUCUUACCUCUAUUGUAUCAAUUUAUGAAUUUCAGGUGGGACCAAAAAAAACAACCUUUAAAACAGGAUGGUCUCGCUUGUUGUAAUCUUACAGAAAUAAAAUUAAAAAGAAACAGACAUUGUUUGUGGUCUUUAAAUUAGGUUCAACAUAUAAUUUUCAUUACUGGCUUUGUAACGGUGACUGUUUUGCAGGUCUCUUCUGCAGCCUUGUGGUGGCAGCAUAACACUAGUGGAGAAACAUUGUUUGUCUCUCGUAAAUAAACAACUGCCAGUCGUGUUAUCUGCUGUGAUACAAUGCCAUCUAGCUUGUCAGACAUUCAAGAUAUAAUGCGAAACAAUUAAACAGCAUGAUUGCACUCUU